UCUCUACCCCCGACAAAAAAUCACAUUUCAUUUCAUCAUUCAGGCUAAAAGUGCAAUAAAACAUUAAGUGAUUUCCCCCCUCCCUGCUCAGCAUGUACAAUGAGUCGCAACGAGAGCAAACGAGAGCAAAUGAUGCGGCACAGAUUCGAUCACAACAAUGUGAACCAACUGACGACAAUUGGCGAAGGAACAUAACAUUUGCCAGCAAUGAAAAUGAAUUCCGUGGCCCAUUGGCACACAAUUUGGCCACAAUGCCGCUGGAGCAAUUGUCGGAUAUGACGCCCCCAAAUUGGGAAACGACGACGAUGACGACGACAGCUGAUGCAUCGACGACGCAACCCAAUUCGUAUGUGGACAGUUUGUAUCAGGAGAUUGUGAAUCGUUUCGAUGAGCUGCGUCGAUGCAUUGCACGUGGCGAUAAUCAACAGCAACAGCUGCCACACGAUGCCUGCGAUGUGUGCACCACGCAGCAGAAGAAUGGAACACAGAGAACGGUGCGUAAGGUGACAACGUUGCGGGAUCAAUGUGGAAAUGUCACCGGUCACCUCGAGGAGACGAGCACCGUGUCGAAUGGUCGAACAGAGUCGCCUGGUGAGCAGCUCGCUGAUAUUUCAAUGCCAACGUUUCACGAGGAUAAUUCAACGAUUCCAACCCUACAACAACAACAACAUCUGUCUGGUGAAUGCAUUGCGAAUACAAGUGCACCGGGGGCAAUGCUGUUGGACUCAACGAUGACGGGCAGAGUUAAUCAGACUGUGGGCAACAUUCUGGCACCGUCGUUUGGCACCAAUGUCUGUCUCGAGAAUGUCGGCCAAGGCAUGCAAACGAUGCGACAGCAACAGCAACAACUGCCGGUAAACUGUUUGCCCAAUGAGUGCCUGGAUAAUGUGACAGCGCCCUCGUCCUGCGAGUGCCUGGAGGAUGUCACGGCGCCUUCGUCGUUGGGUCACAGCCGAUUAGCGUCAAGACGACACCAACAGAGAUCACAGAAUAUCUGCGAUGUAACAGCUCCUUCCUUCGCCGGUUCAACUCGCGGAGCAACGCGUCUGGAGGACCUGAGCAUGCCCAGUUUUGGCGGCAUCUCGGGCGCUGCCAGAGCCCGUUCGCCAAGUCGCCAACAACGUGAGAAUAUCUGCGAUAUAACAGCGCCUUCGUUUGGAAAUGAAUCUAUAGGCGAUGCAACAAUGACCACCGAAUGCCUGCAGGACAUCAGUAUGCCGACAUUUGGACAAGUCUCGGGCGCAUCGAGAACCAGAUCUCCGCGACGUCAACAGCGAUCUGGACGCCCUGCUGUUAUGACUAAUGAAUGCUUGGAUAAUGUGACUAUGCCUUCCUUUGGUGGUGUUUCGGGUUCAUCGAGGCGACAGCAAACUAUGCCCUCGGAAUGCCUGGAAAACAUUACGCAACCUUCAUUCGGGAGGAGUCAAAGUGUAGCCAAUUUCUUAGAUAUGCCUUCUUCUUAUGUAAAUAGUCGAGGUGCAGCUCUUUCUAAUGAGUACUUGGACAAUGUGACUAUGCCUUCGUUUGGUGGUGUUUCGGGUUCAUCAAGGCGUCAUCAAACAAUGCCAUCGGAAUGUCUGGAGGACAUGACGCAACCUUCCCUUGGAGUAAGUCGAAGAUUAGCUAUUACCAACGAGUGCUUAGACAACAUAACGAUGCCUUCCUUGAAUGAAGUCUCCGGAUCUUUAAAUCGUCAGCAAACUAUGCCUUCGGAGUGCCUGGAGAACAUAACACAACCUUCCUUCGGUAGUAGUCGAGCUGUAGUUGAUUUUUUAGAUAUGCCUUCAUCUGGAAAUAGUCGAGCUGCGGCCAUGACUAAUGAAUGCUUGGACAAUGUGACAAUGCCUUCCUUUGGUGGUGUUUCGGGUUCAUCGAGGCGACAGCAAACUAUGCCCUCGGAAUGCCUGGAAAACAUUACGCAACCUUCAUUCGGGAGGAGUCAAAGUGUAGCCAAUUUCUUAGAUAUGCCUUCUUCUUAUGUAAAUAGUCGAGGUGCAGCUCUUACUAAUGAGUGCUUGGACAAUGUGACAAUGCCUUCGUUUGGUGGUGUUUCGGGUUCAUCAAGGCGUCAUCAAACAAUGCCAUCGGAAUGUCUGGAGGACAUGACGCAACCUUCCCUUGGAGUAAGUCGACGAUUAGCUAUAACCAACGAGUGCUUAGACAACAUAACGAUGCCUUCCUUGAAUGAAGUCUCCGGAUCUUUAAAUCGUCAGCAAACUAUGCCUUCGGAGUGCCUGGAGAACAUAACACAACCUUCCUUCGGUAGUAGUCGAGCUGUAGUUGAUUUUUUAGAUAUGCCUUCAUCUGGAAAUAGUCGAGCUGCGGCCAUGACUAAUGAAUGCUUGGACAAUGUGACUAUGCCUUCCUUUGGUGGGGUUUCAGGUUCAUCGAGGCGACAACGAACUAUGCCUUCGGAAUGUCUUGAGAACAUAACGCAACCUUCAUUCGAGAGUAGUCGAGGUGUAGAUCAUUUUUUAGAUGUACCUUCGACUUAUGGAAAUAGUCGAGGUGCAGCUCUGACAAAUGAAUGCUCAGAUAAUGUGACGAUGCCUUCCUUUGGUGGCGUCUCAGGUUCUUUGAGAAGACAACGAACUAUGCCCUCGGAAUGCCUAGAGAACAUAACACAACCUUCAUUCGGAAGUAGUCGAGCUGCUGCCAUAACGAAUGAGUGUUUAGACAACAUUACGAUGCCUUCUUUUAAUGAAGUUUCCAGUUCUUUAAGACGCCAGCAAACCAUGCCCUCAGAGUGCCUUGCGGACGUAACGCAACCUUCGUAUGGAAAUAGUCGAUCGCUAGCUAUAACCAGCGAGUGUCUGGAUAACAUGACGAUGCCGUCGUUUGGCGGUGUUUCUGGCUCGUCACGCAGACAGCAAACAUUGCCUCUGGAGUAUUUGGAUAAUGUCACCCAACCAACGUUUGACGACAGCCGACGACAACAGCAAAUGUACAAUCAAUCUCGGACAGGAGGACGACGACAAAGAACACAGAAUAUUUGCGAUGGGACAGCUCCUUCCUUUGGCAGUUCAAGUCGCGGUCUGGAUGACUUUGGCGGUGUUUCGAGUGCCUCACGCACAAGAUCUUCGCGACGUCGCCAGCGUUCAGCGGCGCCAGCAUUUCACAGUACCGGACGUGGACAGUUGACCAACGAGUGCCUGGACAACGUAACAAUGCCCAGCUUUGGGGGCGUAUCUGCUGCUUCGAGACGUCAGCAAAGCUUGCCCUCGGCGUGGUUGAAUGAUGUGUCACAACCCUCGUUUGGCAGCAGCUCGUUGCAUGGUCAGACGACUCGGAGACAGCAGCAGAACAUGUCGAACAUGCGAUCAAUGCGGACUCAAGAGUGUUUGGAUGAUAUGACAAUGCCGUCGUUCGGCGGAAUUUCUGGCAUUUCGAGCAGACGCAUGCCAAGUGAAUGCUUGGCCGAUGUGAGUGCCCCAUCUUCGUUUGGGGGACGCAGCAGAUCAGCGCGACGCUCGCCGUAUCACGGAGAAUACUUCGGGAAUUCAACGAUUAAUCCAUGCUUGGAGGAUGUGAGCAUGCCUUCGUUUGGCGGCGUCUCCGGAGCUUCGCAAGCUCGAUCUCCACGACGCCAGCAGCGAUCUGGACGCUCUGCGGUCAUGACGAACGAGUGCUUGGAUAAUGUGACUAUGCCUUCCUUUGGUGGCGUUUCAGGUUCAUCGAGGCGACAGCAAACUAUGCCCUCGGAAUGCCUGGAAAACAUUACUCAACCUUCAUUCGGGAGUAGUCGAAGUGUAGACAAUUUCUUGGAUAUAUCUACGUCUUAUGGAAAUAGUCGAGGUGCAGCUCUUACUAAUGAGUUCUUGGACAAUGUGACAAUGCCUUCGUUUGGUGGUGUUUCGGGUUCAUCGAGACGUCAUCAAACUAUGCCUUCGGAAUGCCUGGAGGACAUAACGCAACCUUCAUUUGGAGAAAGUGGAAGAUUAGCUUUGACCAACGAGUGCUUAGACAACAUUACGAUGCCUUCUUUAGGUGUCUCUUUAAGACGUCAACAAACAAUGCCCUCGGAGUGUCUUGAGAACGUAACGCAACCUUCAUUCGGUAGUAGUCGAGCUGCGGUUGGUUUUGCCGAAAUGCCUCCCGCUUAUGGAAAUAGUCGAGCUACAGUCAUGCCGAGCGAAUGCUUGGACAAUGUGACAAUGCCUUCCUUUGGCGACUCUUUAAGACGGCAACAAACAAUGCCCUCGGAAUGCCUGGAGAACAUAACACAACCCUCCUUUGGUACUAGUCGAGCUGCAGCUCUGACAAGUGAAUGCUUGGAUAAUGUGACGAUGCCUUCCUUUGGUGGCGUCUCAGGUUCAUUGAGAAGACAGCGAACUAUGCCCUCGGAGUGCCUGGAGAACAUAACACAACCUUCAUUCGGAAGUAGUCGAGCUGCUGCCUUAACGAAUGAGUGUUUAGACAACAUUACGAUGCCUUCCUUCAAUGAAGUAUCCGCUUCCUUAAGACGUCAGCAAACUAUGCCCUCGGAAUGCCUAGAGAACAUAACGCAACCAUCUUUCAUCGACGGUCGAUCAAGAGUUAUGACCAACGAGUGUUUAGACAACAUGACUGCGCCUUCGUUUGGCGGAGUUUCAGGUGUGUCGCGACGCCAACAAUUAUUGCCCUCGGAGUGCCUUGAAAAUGUGACUCAACCCUCAUUCGAUGACAUGUCGUACUACGUUAAUGACAACGCAGAUGCAAGUGUUGCACUUGGACGCCGUCAAACGUCGAGAAGACAGCAAAGAUCACAGAAUAUCUGCGAUGUAACAGCUCCUUCCUUUGCCAGUUCAACUCGCGGAGCAACGCGCCUUGAGGACCUGAGCAUGCCCAGCUUUGGUGGCAUAUCGGGUGCUUCCAGAGUCCGUUCCCCAAGUCGCCGGCAACGUGAGAAUAUCUGCGAUAUUACCGCGCCGUCUUUUGCCCCGGAGAGUGUGGCAAUGCCGAGCUAUGCAGGACGCAGUCAAUCGCAAGGAGCAACAAGGAGACAUAUGCGCGACCUCUGUUCGGAGUAUUUGGAGGACAUGACAAUGCCUUCAUAUGCUAUGAGUCAAAACACGCCACAGUUGUGGGAUAUAACGCCGCCGGAAUGGGAUUACAAUAGUUAUGCCAGCUACAGUCGACGACCACGCUCUGUGGAUGAUGGGAAUGUGAUGAGAAGUCUGCAAGUAAGUGGCUUCGAGUGCCUGGACGAUGUAACAAUGCCAACGAUGCGUCGCACUCGUAGCUUUCCAUGCGUACCCAACAGCCAACAGCGGCUGGGCAACGACAACGAGAGCACAAUGAAUGUGUUGCACUUCAGCUAUCAGAGCCGGCAACCCAUCGAUGCGGAUGCCAGCUAUCCGAGUGAGUUGCUGGGCAAUGUGAGUGCUCCGACAUACGCGAGCAAUUUGAGUAGACCUCAGCGUUCGGAUCGAAGUAAUAUGCAGAACGAAAAGCCAACGAUGUUGGACUCAACAUCGAACCAACGGCCACGCAAUAACUUUGCACGCUCCACAGCCAUUGGCGAAGAAGUUGCCACCGCCGAUUCUAAUGAGGAGCCCUGUCAAUGUCCUGCUUCGCAAGUGGAUCAAACUAGCAGCCAAAUAAGACAGAAUGCGAGUGAGAAGCAGGCAUCGAAUCAAAGCAUUGCCAAGCAAGAGGAUGGAUCUGCUGCCAAGAAGGAAGUAACGAUUAUUGCGUCUGUGACAUCGAUGACACGCAUCUAUAUGAAGAAAAACGAUGACAGCAACUAUCAGAAUAUUAACGAUAUAUCGAUGCCAUCGGAAUAUCAAAGUGGUGCCAAUAAAACAAUGUUUAUCACGAACAUCAGUGAACCGAGCUUUACCAAUCUAUCUGCCACGAAUCCAAAUUAUAAUGCCACAGCACAAACAUCGACAACGCUCCCAACUCCCCAGCCAGUGCGUGACAAUCCAAAUAAUGCUAGAAAAUGUGUGGCAAACAAUCGAGUUGAGGCUAGACCAAAAUGCUGUUGCAGCAACAAUUGUCGCCGAUAUCGCAAAUCGCGGCAAUCGACGAUGAAAACUCGUCAUAAUCCUGACUUUAAAUAAUUGUACUCAUUUUUAUAGAUUUUAUUUUAUCAACAUUCUGAUAUUUGACAAAACGAUGAGAUGGGAUGGAAACAGUUAAUGAUAUUUAUUACAUGUUUUAUUUUUAGCCUGAUGAAAUGAUCGAAAUUUUUAAUGCAGUUGACAAAAAUAAGAAGUGAAUACAAAACGUUU